GUAGCAUUAUCGCGAGGAACGGCGGCCAUUUUAGUUUCCUCGGGUCAAACGGCCCCGUCCCUUUCUGUUUCAGUUCCCUCCUUCCGCUCCUUCCAAGUUCCAACCCCCGGCCCAUCAUAAAGGUCUCCGAUCGCAACCGCCCCCCGGCGACGACGGCUUCUACGUUCCCUUUGGCCGAUUGAUUGCUAGGCCGCCGUAUAUCUACACGCCGUCACGCCCGGCUCGCCCCAAGUUCAACGCCAGCCCGCGUCGCCUCGCCAGCCACAGACGCGGUAGAGCGCGCGCGCUAGCGAGCGAGCUUCUCUCCGGCGGGUGCUCGUCCGUACAUGGCUGGGCUGCAGCGGUCGAGCGAGACGUUCCGGCGGUCGGGCUCGUCGGGGCUGGUGUGGGACGACAAGAAGAGCUCGGGCGAGAUCAAGCCGCCGGGCGACGGCGGCGCGCUGGAGCGCAGCCGCUCGGCCGGCCACGCGCACGGGCACGCCGGGUACAGGGCGGCGGGGCGCGUGCCGCCCGCGCUCGACCCGCCGUCGCCGCGCGUCCCCGCGUGCGGCUUCUGGAGUCUCUUCGGCGGCGGCGGCGGCAAGGCGAAAGCCAAGGGGAGGCGCCACCGCCACUGAUCAUCAUCUUGUGCUCUGUACCGGCAUCGAUCGGAACGCGCUCCGAAUUUGGUAGCUUCUCGUAGCAUUUUCUUUUCCAAUCCUCUUGCCACUUUGUGAGUUGUUUCAUCUCAUGUCCUGGGUGCAAUAUAUACACUAGCAGAAAGAAGUACAAUUCGAAUGCUUUGUCAGGGUC